CAAAUAGAAAUUUCUUUGUAAAAUCAGUCAACAGAAGGGCGUUUGAGCUGUCUUUGGCGAUACGAAACUGCAACGCUCUGCAAUUAUUGAAUUCCUCUUGUUUCCCUGCGAUUUUUCUCUGAUUUAAUUUGCAUCGCCAAAGUUCAAUUCAUUCCCGGCAAGAUGAAGAUCACAGUAAUGACUGCCGACGAACAAAUCGUCUCGCUCGAUGUCGAUCGCGAUGAAUCUGUUGAGAACUUGAAGGCUUUGCUGGAGGUUGAGACACAGGUGCCACUUCAGCGACAGCAGCUGCUAUAUAAUGGAAGGGAGAUGAGGAAUUCUGAUAAAUUAAGUGCCCUUGGCGUUGCGGACGGGGAUUUGAUUAUGAUGGUUUCAAACGCCUCGGCUGGUGGUGAUUCCGGAUCUGGAGCACCUGCAAACCAUGUGGGCUUGAAUCCUGAUGGUUCAGCAGUAAAUCCAUCAGCCUUCCAGCAGCAAUUGCGGAGUGAUUCUAAUCUGAUGGCCCAACUAUUUCAGAAUGAUCCAGAGCUAGCACAAGCUGUUCUUGGAAAUGAUCUCAACAGGUUGCAAGAGCUUCUACGUGCACGCCAUCAGCACAGAUCUCAAUUAAGACGCCAACAAGAGGAAGAGAUGGCUUUACUGUAUGCAGAUCCUUUUGAUGUGGAGGCUCAAAAGAAAAUUGAGGCUGCUAUUCACCAGAAAAGCAUUGAUGAAAAUUGGGCUGCUGCUUUGGAAUACAAUCCUGAAGCUUUUGCAAGAGUGGUUAUGUUGUACGUUGACAUGGAGGUUAAUGGUGUUCCAUUGAAGGCAUUUGUUGACAGUGGAGCUCAAUCAACUAUUAUAUCUAAAAGCUGUGCAGAACGUUGUGGAUUGUUAAGGCUUAUGGAUACACGGUACAAGGGUAUUGCUCAUGGAGUUGGCCAGUCAGAGAUUUUAGGCCGUAUACAUGUUGCCCCAAUAAAGAUUGGUAGUAUAUUUUACCCUUGUUCCUUCCUGGUACUUGAUGCUCCAAACAUGGAAUUUCUCUUCGGCCUGGAUAUGCUUCGCAAGCACCAAUGCAUUAUUGAUCUUAAGGAGAGCGUAUUGAGAGUUGGUGGUGGAGAGGUUGCUGUACCCUUUUUGGCAGAAAAGGACAUUCCACAGCGGUUUUUGGAUGAAGAAAAGUAUGCGAAAGAAGCAUCUAGCUCAGGAACACAAGCAUUGUCUGCAAGUAAAGAGAAUACUAGCACUCCAGGAGGACCUUCUGGAAGUACUGCCAGGAAUGCUUCCCAGGGUCCAGAAUUUGAAGCUAAAGUUUCAAAGCUGGUCGAGUUGGGAUUUCAACGGGAACAAGUAAUUCAAGCUCUGAAGCUUUUUAAUGGCAACGAAGAACAAGCUGCUGGAUUUCUCUUUGGCGGCUGAUGCUGAUUUGUUUUUCAAGUCAUGGAAUUCACUUUGGUUUUUUGCAAUGUACACUACACUACAUUAUGUUCAUCAACAACUGCAGGAACAAUCAUCAUGCAGUUAUACUUAACCUUUUUUUCAUUAAAAAUUGGAUUCGGAGGAACGGGCAGCGGAACUAA